AAAAGAAAGAUUUUUGUUUGAGAGUCAUCCCCGUCCACUACCUUCAUAUACUGAUACACAAUUACACAGUCUCUGCAAAUUGUUGCGCCGUUUGGUGAGAGAGAAGCAGAGAUAAUUGUCCGGCAUGGCACGAGUAGCUUCUAGUCCGGUCAGUCUUCACAGAUUGGGGCCGCUUCAUUUCCAGCUGCGUCCUUCUUUGUACGUUCAAAAACCCUCUUUCCAACAUCUCCGGAACGGUGGCAGGGUUCCUCGGAUAUUUUGCCAGACGAAUCCCAAUCCAACUGAGUGUUGCCAGACGAACCCUAAUCUUAAUCCAGCUGAAUCUGCAGAAAAGGAACAGGAAGAUCUGUCUGUAGAGCCUGGUUCCAGCAAUGGUGUUACGGACAGUGAAGUUUUGGUUUCCUCCAAUGACUCUGGUUUACCUGAAUAUCCAGACAAAAGUUUCAAUAGGAGGAUAGCAUUGUUUUCCAUAGUUGGAGCAGUAGGGCUUUUCUUGUCACGACGACUGGAAUUCGGUGUUUCUUUAAAAGAUCUAUCCGCUGCUGCAAUGCCUUAUGAGAAGGCCCUUUCAAAUGGAAAGCCAACUGUGGUGGAGUUCUACGCAGAUUGGUGUGAAGUUUGUAAAGAAUUAGCUCCGGAUGUGUAUAAAGUUGAACAGCAGUACAAGGACAAAGUAAAUUUUGUUAUGCUGAAUGUGGAUAACACAAAGUGGGAACAAGAGCUUGAUGAGUUUGGAGUUGAAGGCAUCCCCCAUUUUGCAUUCCUAGACAAGGAUGGGAAUGAAGAGGGUAACGUUGUUGGCCGGCUUCCACAACGAUACUUACUCGAGAAUGUGGAUGCCCUAGCUCGGGGAGAAACAUCGGUGCCUCAUGCACGUGUUGUGGGGCAGUAUUCUAGUACUGAAGAGCGUAAGGUCCAUCGAGUUGUUGAUCCAAGAAGUCAUGGUUAGCACGCCCCUCCCUUAAUGGAUAUGAUCAUGCUAUCCAUUGAACUGACAUUAUAGAACUAUAGAAGUGGCUUUUCCUCACUAUAUCAAAAGGAUUUGUAAAGUUUCAUGUCUUGUUACUUAACUGUUAGAGAGAGAAGCUACUUGAUCAUCACACUUGUAAAGUUUCAUGCUCUAUUGCUCCAAUCACUCUGGCUUUAACUUGUCACUUCAAUUGUUAAAGAUAGAAGCUACUUGCAAGAUCCUUUCAACUUUGAAGUCAAUAUAGGGCUUCAAUUUCUAUA